AUGUUAAUGAACACGGAGGAGGCAGACUCGGAGCUACCGAAACAAAAGAAACAUAAAAAGCAUAAGGAUAAAUCUUCGCGACACUCCGAGAAGAAGCGCAAGCACGAGGAGGUUGACCAAAUCGAACAUUCGUCUCCGGUCAAGAAGCAUGGACAUCGGCACCAGAAAAGGGAAUCCUCAGAAAACGAUCAGACACUGACCGCCGACAAGCCCGAUCACUCCCCAUUCCAUCAUGAAACAUCCUCGCUUUACGUUCCGUUAGCACCCAUCGCACAGAGUCAUCCAAUUCAAGGAUUGUGUGCUGAACAUCUCUCGCCGCAUAUCCUUACCUACUUUGCGCCCUUCCACGGCACAAUCAUUUCCUACAGCAACGCGCGCAUCUCAUCCGCGCCAGAAGAAGCUUUGUCUUCCGGCGAAGGGAGAAAGGUCUACUCGCAAGCAAUCAAUGAAUAUGCAGCGACUCACGUGUGGCUUACGGCAGAUUUUCUUAUUUUUAAACCAUCGAAGGGGGACAUUAUCGAAGGCUAUAUCAAUCUACAAAACGAGAGCCAGAUUGGGCUCCUGUGUUGGAACUUCUUCUCCGCCAGCAUCGACCGCAAAAGACUGCCAAAGCAGUGGAAAUGGGUACCUGGAAGCAUGACUGCUGGAAAGCGAAAAAGAAAGUUGAAACGACCAUCAUCUGACAGGGAAAUGGACAUCGACGAAUCCUCACAAAGUCAAUCGCACAACAAAGUACCUAAAAGUCCUGAGAGCAUAGAAGGCUACUUUACGGAUGGCAAUGGUGAGAAAAUCCAAAGACUUGUACAGUUCCGAGUGAACGAUGUGGAGACUUCAGCAGGCGUAUCCAGGGAAGUUGGUCUGAUAAGUGUAAAAGGAACGAUGUUGAGCGAUGAAGACGAAGCGGAACUUUUACACAAUGAGAGAAUCGAGACCCUGGGAGGAGUAAAUAGAGGGAUGGAUGCUGGUAAUCAACCUGCGGCUGGAAGGGUCUCAAAUGCACACGAUGAUAUGAUAGACGUUGAUUCACCGUCAUAA